UCAGCAAGGAGCACGGCAACGAGCAGCACGGCGCCGACACCGAGCGGGGGCAGCUCCCGGAGGAGGCGCGGCUGUGCGGCGGCGGGAGGGACCCAGGCGCGCUCCUGAGCGCGGAGCGGAGCGGGAGCGGAGGUUCCCUCCCUCCUGCUCCAUCCCUGCCUCUCCCCUCACCUGAGCGCCGCUCCCGCUGUGCGCGCUACCCCCUCGCACCUUGGCUGCCCCCGCCCGCUGCAUGCAGCCCCUGGAGCGCCGCAGCCCAGGAGGAUACGCUGGAAUUUAAAGUUUGGUCAUCCAUCAUGGGGAACCAUGUAGGAAAACGAGAGCAUAGCACUGAGAAGUCAGCCAAGAACGCUGAAACCAAGGUGGAAGAAGCAGCUAAGGAGAGCCCAAAAGCAGCCAGACUAACACAGCAGUCAUCAGAGGACAAUGAAGUAUUUGGAGAGGCAGAUGUGAACCAGAACAAUGGGACCUCCACGAAGAGCCCAGCGGUGACAGACUCCAAAGGCACAGCAGACCCGAAGAAUGCCUGGCCCGAGGCCAACCCAGCUGACAGAACUGGUCGCCCCCACUUGAUCCGCCUCUUUUCCCGAGAUGCCCCAGGAAGAGAAGACAACACCUUCAAAGAUCGGCCCUCAGAGUCAGACGAGCUACAGACCAUCCAAGAGGACAGUGCAGCAGCUUCAGAGAAUUCGGAUUUGAUGGCUUCACAAAAACGCUCCUCUUUCCGGCACGGAUCAAAACUGGCAUCUGCGAGCACUAUAGACCAUGCCAGACAUGGAUCCCCACGGCACAGAGACUCGGGUCUACUUGACUCGCUGGGCAGAUUCUUUGGAGGUGAAAGGCACGUUCCCCGGCGGGGCUCGGGCAAGGACAUACAUGCAGCCAGGGUCAGCCACCACGUCGGGUCCAUCCCCCCAAGAUCUCAGCAUGGCCGGCCUGUUGAUGACAACCCUGUAGUCCACUUCUUCAAGAACAUUGUCUCACCCCGUACACCACCCCCAAUGCAAGCAAAGGGAAGAGGAUUAUCCCUCACCAGAUUUAGCUGGGGUGGUGAAACACACAAGCCAGGAUAUGGAAGCGGAAAAUUCUAUGAGCAUAAAUCUGCUCAUAAGGGACACAAGGGAUCCUAUCAUGAGGGCCAGGGCACUCUUUCCAGAAUCUUUAAACUGGGAGGCUCUGGGUCCCGACCUGGAUCGCGGUCUGGUUCCCCCAUUGCUAGGCGCUGAAGCUCCAAGAUGCCACCCAAGGAUCACGUACUCUGCUUCAUAAUAUAACUGCCUUAAAAUUAGUAACAGCUGCCACAAUUACCUAGAUAGAUGCAAUCCAUUACUUAAUGCCAAUUAGUAGUAAUGCCAUGCAGUAGAUGAUACAAACUUCUAUUGGCAAUCCCUGAGCAACAGUUGAAUGAAAGGAACACAAAAAGUAGCUUUGCUAGGAUCUUUUCCUUAUUUUAUGUGAAGUAACAAGAUCUCUGACUAUACCCCUUCUUCUUCAGGAUGCCCUAACUAUAUGCUGGACUCCUUUAUUUCUCCCAAGCACCUAAUUUAAGCUCAACCCUUCUGGUUUCAUUUUAGUGAACAUCACAAUUACAAAUAAAGAGCUAUAAUGUCUUGGACACUGAGCACUGCUGUUAAUGAAUUUUUGAGAUACUGCUGUUAAAAAAGAAAAAAAGAUCCAACAUGUGCAGAAGUUGUAAGGACUGUUUAUCCAAAUUUUCUUUUUAGUUUUUUUUCUUUUGUUUUGUUUUAAUCUUCCUUCUCUCACUCACAGAAUAAUUUAUUUUCAUAACAGGAUUAGGCAGUCAUGGAAAGGUUUAUCAAACAUUGGGAGUUCAAGGUAUGUGAAGUGUGGGAGGGGGCAGAUGUAGAAGAAUCAAUAUGAUGUGGAGCAAUAGCAAUAAGGAAAUUCUUUCCAUACUAUGAUUUGCUCAUUGCAUCCAAACCAUGAGAAUAAAGAGUAGAUGAGGGAGAGAAAGAGGAUUUCAAAUUUGAGUUAGACUAAUGUUACAAAACAAGGGAUAUUCCCAGAGAAACAUCUAAGACUGCACACGUGACCACUGGACGUCACUGGUGCUUCACAUAAAUUCUGCUGCAAUAGCAUUAACUUUGCAGUACAAUAAGUAAAUAAGCAUAUAAACAAAAAAAGUCUAAUUUCUGAAAGAAAGCCCUUCAGUACUGGUAUCUCAGAUAGUCCUGCACAUCUCACAUUAGAAUUUCAAAUCUUUCUCUUGGUAUUGCAGCAGUGUUGUAUUUGAUAGGCUCAUCUUUUGCCUGAGUAACACUUGGAUGCCUUUUAAGGGCAGUGCACCAAAGCAAACUCAUAGUAAACUACUGUGAACAUUUAACUGUUGUAUUGUAGUUGCCUUGUAGAAACAGACUAUAGUUCAGUUAGAUUUAGAUAUGAAUUGUUCACAAAUUACUAAAAUGAAUGUGUGGAGAUGGUAUUUCCAACCACACUUAGGGAAAUAAAAGGCUCUUCUGAAUUGCACUGUUUUAUUACUUAAACUUACAAUUUCUUCAACCUGUCAUCUAAGUGUCUGAUUAAUUAUUUUAUUUUUUUUAGUUUUAGCCUAUGCACUGUAGAUUACAGUUAGUGCUUCCUAGGUCGAAACAGCAUUCUUAAUAAGUACCCAGUAAAAGUUACCUAUAAAUAUAUGUUAUUUACAUUUCACAUCUAGAUCUAUUGUAGGUUUAAAUCAGUGUCCAUUAAUAUGAAGCAAUGGAAGAUGAGAUGAUAGAAAAUACAUAGAGACUAAAGAAAACAAAACUGCCAAAAUUAUUAUGCAUACACACACUAUUACAUCUAUUACCUUUGUUGGUUGCUAUGUGUAUUUUUCUAUUGUAGCUUCAUUCAGAUGUAUACUCUGCAACGUAAUAGUUGAUUUAAUUUGAACACGUAUUGUUCUUAGAGGAACACAGCUUUUAAAAAUAGUCACUAUUGAAAUAAAGUAAUCAACUUGAAAUGAAA